AAACCUUCAGGAUCGAGCAAUGUUGUUCCAUCAAGAAUGUCUCCGAUGAGUCUGAGCGGUCUCCACCUAUCGCUUCCCAACAAAACGAACAACUUGAAUCUGUACUCAGACAACCCCUCUUCGAUACCAACAACAACUGAUUCAGACAUGAUUCCAUCGAUGAAUAUCAAUACGACAACGAUCAGUAACGACGAUUCAAUCGCAUCGCCAUCUCCGUCGUCGUCUGGUAUUGUCGCUGAUAUGAACGACUCCAAUUUGGAGACUAAUCAGGUCCGCUUCGAACUUCUCUUCAUACGAUAUCACAACCUUGAACGCUAA